AUGCGAGCUGCUGUCUUUAUCCUGACGUUUACUGCCUUGGCGGCCUUGGGCUUCUGUGCUCCGGCCGUCCUUGACGAGCGGGAUCAGAUGGCGACUCUCCCAAUCUACAAAAACUCCUCGUACUGCAUUGACCAGCGAGUGGACGACCUUGUCAGCCGCAUGACACUCGAGGAGAAGGCCGGGCAAAUGUUUCAAAUCCAGCUCUACCAAGGCCCCAAUGGCACCCUCGACACUGGCGACCCAGAAUCAAACCGCAACAGCACCGAGGUCCUGCUCGGCGAUAUGUUGAUGACCCACUUCAACUUGGUCGGUGACAUCCUUGAUGCCAAACAAGUUGCCGAGUUUACGAACCGCGUCCAGAAGCGUGCCGCCGAAACCAGGCUAGGCAUUCCUGUCACAAUAUCUUCAGACCCAAGGCAUCAUUUCACUGAAAAUGUUGGUACCGGCUUUAUGGCAGGUGUCUUUUCCCAGUGGCCUGAAACCCUUGGCUUUGCUGCCCUGCGCGAUCCUGACCUAGUCAAAACGUUUGCUACAAUUGCCCGCGAGGAGUACGUUGCUGUUGGCCUUCGCGCGGCUCUUCACCCCCAGGUUGACGUUGCAACAGAGCCUCGGUGGUCGCGAAUUAGCGGUACCUGGGGUGAAGGUGCAGACCUAACCAGCGAGCUGAUUGUUGCCUAUAUCAAAGGCCUGCAGGGUGAAAAGCUUGGCAAGAACUCUGUGACCACCGUCACAAAGCACUUUCCUGGAGGUGGCCCUGCGGAAAAUGGGGAGGAUUCUCACUUCAACUACGGCAAGAAUGCCACUUACCCGGGGAAAAACUUGGAGUACCAUCUUAAGCCAUUCCGCGCCGCAGUGGAGGCUGGUGCCCGCCAGAUAAUGCCAUAUUACGCCCGCCCUACUGGAACCAAGUAUGAUUCGGUUGGGGGAUCAUAUAAUAAAGGCCUUGUUACCGAUUUGCUCCGCGGUGAGCUCGGCUUCGAGGGCAUUGUGGUUACUGACUGGGCCUUGAUUAGCGACUUUAUUGCCCGUGGUCAAAGUCUGGACGCGAUAGCUUGGGGUGUGGAAGACCUUGGCCAGCCAGAGCGGAUGGCUAUGAUUCUUGAGGCUGGGUGUGAUCAGUUUGGUGGUGAGAAGAUCCCUGAGAUGCUGGUUCAACUUGUCAAGGAUGGGAUCAUCUCCGAGGGUCGCCUUGACGUAUCGGUUCGCCGCCUGAUGCGCGAAAAAUUCAUCCUUGGUCUCUUUGACAACCCUUACGUUGACCCUGAAGCUGCGGCCAAGAUUGUUGGAAACCCCUACUUUACUCGCAUUGCCAACGAGACGCAGCGUAGGUCAUACACCCUUCUCACCAACAACAAUAACAUCCUCCCCUUGAAUCCCAACACCAGGACAACAAAGUUUUAUGUGGAAGGAAUCACUUCGGCUCCGUUGGCGGAGCGAAACAUCGAGACUGUGGAUUCCCCCGACGAGGCAGAUUAUGCUCUCCUCCGACUCGCUGCACCCUACAACGCUCACCCCGGGGGCUUCGCGGCAAGCUUCCAUUCUGGUAGCCUCGAGUUCAACACGACAGAAAAGGCCCGGCAGGCAGCCAUCUACAAGGCCGUCCCCACCAUUGUUGACCUCAAAUUCGACCGCCCCGUUGCAAUCCCUGAAAUUGUCGAGCAGGCUGCAGCUGUGCUGGGCAGCUUUGGCAGUAGUUCAGACGCCUUUUUAGAUGUUGUGUUUGGACACACCUGGCCUGAGGGCAAACUCCCUUAUGACCUGCCACGCUCGAUGGAGGCUGUCGAGGCCGCUAUGGAGGACGUUCCGUUUGAUACCAGGGAUCCAGUCUUCAAGUUUGGCCAUGGACUGCGUUAUCUUAAUUCUUGCGAUGCUGAUACGGCUGCGGGCCAUUGCUCCAAUUGA